GAUGCAGCCCUUGGUUCCAGAGCGGGGUGAGCCUGAGCUGGCGGUCAAGGGGUUAAAUUCUCCAAGCCCAGGCAGAGAAGAGGGGUCGAUGACAAGAUAGAUGGAAAGCACCUGGAAAUUGGCAGGCCCUGAGUGGGCACUGGACGUGUGGGGCCGCGGGCCGAACUGCCCCCUCCUGGCCUCAUCUCCUGCCCUGGCCGCCCCGCCCCCGCCGCAGCUGCUGCACCCACCCCCACCCUGCCCGGCCCUUUCUGCACCGUCAUCUCCUGCCCGCCGAGGCUCGACCCCCCCGACAAUGGGCAACGCGCAGGAGCGGCCGUCGGAGACUAUCGACCGCGAGCGGAAACGCCUGGUCGAGACGCUGCAGGCGGACUCGGGGCUGCUGUUGGACGCGCUGCUGGCGCGGGGCGUGCUCACCGGGCCAGAGUACGAGGCAUUGGAUGCACUGCCUGAUGCCGAGCGCAGGGUGCGCCGCCUACUGCUGCUGGUGCAGGGCAAGGGCGAGGCCGCCUGCCAGGAGCUGCUGCGCUGUGCCCAGCGUACCGCGGGCGCGCCGGACCCCGCCUGGGACUGGCAGCACGUGGGUCCGGGCUACCGGGACCGCAGCUAUGACCCUCCAUGCCCAGGCCACUGGGCGCCGGAGGCACCCGGCUCGGGGACCACAUGCCCCGGGUUGCCCAGAGCUUCAGACCCCGAUGAGGCCGGGGGCCCUGAGGGCUCCGAGGCGGUGCAAUCCGGGACCCCAGAGGAGCGAGAGCCAGAGCUGGAAGCUGAGGCUUCUGAAGAGGCUGAACCGGAGCCAGAGCCAGAGCUGGAACCCGAGCCUGAAGCAGAACCAGAGCCGGAACUAGAGCCAGAACCGGACCCAGAGCCCGAGCCCGACUUCGAGGAAGGGGACGAGUCCGAAGGUAUUCCUGAAGGCCAGAGCUCUGAUCGGCGGUGCCCUGCAAUGCUGGAUAGGACCUGGGAUGCUGCUGGAGCUGAAUCGGAUGCCACCAAGGCUCGGUCCAGCCCAGUACCGCUGGAAGUGAAUAAACUCCAGAGGGUCGGACGGGACCUGGGCUCUCUCCACGAUUCUGUUUGCCCAGGAACUGAGGGUGGGUACCUCUGAGUCCCAGGGACCUGGGCAGCCCCAAGCCCACCACAAGCAUCAUCCAGUCGUCAGCCCUAAUCUGCCCUUAGGAGUCCAGGCUGCACCCUGGAGAUCCCAGACCCAGCCCCCUAGUGGGACAAGGACCUGUCCCUUGUGCCCGCAUACACAACCCAUUUCCCCUCAUGAGCCACUUGGCAGCUUGUGUAGGUACCAGCUCAACCCCAUGCAAGUCCCUGAGUUGAACAUGGAGCAAGGGGAGGGUGACUUCUCUCCACAUAGGGAGGGCUUAGAGCUCACAGCCUUGGGAAGUGAGAUUAGAAGAGGGGAGCAGAAAGGGACCUUGAGAAGACAGAGGCCACACACAUCAUUGUCAUUACUGUUUUAAUUGUCUGGCUUCCCUCUGGACUGGGAGCUCAGUGAGGAUUCUGACCAGUAACUUACACAAAAGGUGCUCUAUCCAUAUUAUAAUAUAUUCGCUUACUAAAUGAAUAAGGACUUUCCAA